AAGAAAUCGCUAAUCUUAGAAUCGAAAACACAAAAUUAAAACAAAUAAUAAAACAAAAUCGAACUACUAUUAUUGCUUUACAGCCUCCAGUCUCUCCGGUCUUAUCAGUAACUCCACAAAAGCCUACUCUAUCAAUUAAUAGUCGCGAUAUCACUGACUCUGUAAAUCUAGAACAGGCACAAAGUGAUACACCCGAGAAAAUUAUUUCUCCCGAACAGAUAGAGAACACAUCUGAUAACGCGUCUAAUUCUUAUAUAUAUCAACCCAUAAUCAUAGAGACUAAAUCGUUGGAAGAUAAGGAAGUCGAUGAAUUCCUGGAUUCGAAAGAUAAGGAAAGGGUUAGUAAUAUGAUAAGGGAAAGAAACAAGGAAAAAAAGUUUCGGGGCUUAUCUCCAGUAGAAUCAGAAAAAACCGUGAAUAAAAUUCACGAUCAAAAUCUUAACGAAUCCUCUAAACCAUCUAUUAAUUCUGAUUCUACAGAUCCAUUUGAAUAUAAUGAUGAUCUUUCUCAACCUGACAAAAACCAGAUUGUAGAACAAGAUUUAAAACAAGAACUAUCUGCCUUUCCAACUUCCAGAAAAAAUAUAACUAGUAAUCGGAACUUGCUGGAUGAUGAAAAUCAACAUAAUCAGGUUACGGCACAAAGCAUAGUUUGUAUAUUUCGAAAAGCAAUUCAAUCUGGUCGGGAAGAAAUCUUGCAUUGGUGUCGCUAUAUAGAAAGGUAUGAUAAAAGGGUUAAUGAGAUUAUUUCCGAUGGUAAAGUUAAGAUUAAAACAGCAAAGAGUUUGGUAUAUAAAGAAGUUAAACAGCUACUUCCUGACACUACGGAUGCGAAUCUGCGACAGAAAACUCUUAGAGCUAGAAAAAUCUAUAAUCUUUUUAAUGCCAUAGGAAUAGAAAAAAUCGAGCAAGUUACGUAUAGCGCAAAUGCUAUUUCAAACCUUACUAACACUCAAAUUCAGAAUAUUAUAAAUCAUGUACUAUCAGCGGAGCUGGCACGGCCAAAAACCGUGAAUAAAAUUCACGAUCGGAAUAAUUCCGAAGUAACCAGGUCUGAUAAAGUAUUAACCCCUGAAUAUCUGGAUUGGUAUUCCAAAUUAACUGAUUUGCCAGCCACCAUAUCAGAUAAACUUCAUUCUAAGUUGUAUACAAGGUAUAAGAAAAAAACUGGACUCGAUCCUUGGAUAAACUCUGAAGUUUCUGAAUCUCCACAAAUCGAUAAUGCUGAUAAUCAUCUUUCACAGGAUUGUGUUAUCAAAAUUUCUAAGUUUCCGGAAGAGAAAGAUGUGAUUAUUGAAGCAGUGCAAAAACGAUUUCCUUUCUUGAGAUAUAUUAAAUCAAAUGCAUGGUACCGAGAUGUUUUUAAAUAUACUAACUCAGAAGCUAAAUGCCCGAUAUGUAAAGAGGUACAUACACGUUUAGGUAUAUGGGGUGAUUGGAGUUGUCUAGGUAAAAAUGAUCACUAUUUUCUUAACUGUCCUUUUCGCAUUGAUCAAAAGAAAAUUAUAAUUGCCACACAGAGCUUACCGGAAACUCAAGUAAGAGUACCAAACAAAAUCAGUAACUCGUCAACUCGUCCAAAUAAAACCCGCCUUUAUCAAUAUGCCAUCGAACAUGAAAUAGAUCCCGAGAAAUUUUCGAUCAUUACUGAGGCUGAGAAAAAAAGAUGGGAUAGAGAAUGUUUUCAUGAGGACUUGGAAAGGGAUAUACGGUUCUAUCGCGGUGGAAUAGAGAGGAAGGAAGAUUCUAGAAAAUAUCGCAAAUUUUUAACAGAUCGGGAAAGACUGGUCGGUGAAGAAUUAUUACGUCGCGGUAUACUAAAAAGUGGUUUAAGAACUACAUGGCUUGAUGAUCUGAUGAAAGAAUGGGAAGAAAUCUAUACUCAAUUCGAUCGAACGUGA